AUGUUAUCGAUAUUGACUGGCAAGCGUGUGAAUAAAUUAUUACAACAUAUUAAAGAACAAAAUAAGAAUGGAUGUAAAAUGGUAACAAGAGGAUUGGAUCUACGUGUUUGUGAUUCUGUAGAAGAUGCUGGCAUGAUGGGAUAUUAUUCUGCAUCGGCCAAUCAAGUAGUAGUGUGUUGCAAUCGACAUAGAGAGCCUGAAGAACUUGAAAAUACAGUUGUUCAUGAAUUAAUCCAUGCCUAUGAUUUUUGUAGAUUUCGUCAAUUAUUUUAUUGUAAAGUAAGAGCUUGUUCAGAGGUGAGAGCUUAUUCACUAAGUGGUUCAUGUUCCAGUCCAGAUGAAUUAUCAGGGUUUACAAGUAAGGAACAAUGUUUAAAGGCAAGAGCUAUUGCAAGUACGAUCAUGGCUUGCAAGAAAUCAGCUGUUUCUGAUGUUCAUGACAUUUUCAAUACGUGUAUCAAUGAUGAGCAUCCUUUCAAGAGUUCGCCUGAUCAUCAUGUGUUAAAACCUCAUGAGCUCCCAGAAGCAGAUAAAGUAGUCACCAAUUAA